AUGACGCUCGGCGGCUUCGUCUUUCUGCUCCUCCUCACAGCCGUGGAUGCGGAGUCCUCUGAGACUGUGUGUGGUUAUCAGGAUGUUUUGAACUACCUGAACUUAACCAAAGCCAAUGAGCUGUACUCCAUGUCCCGGCCCGUUAAAGACCACAGACAGCCUACGGUGGUCUCCCUGGAUGUUCUGCUCUAUGCCAUUCUGGAUGUGAGAGAGAUUGACCAGACAUUCAUCCCUUACGUUUGGAUUUUCAUGUCCUGGGAGAAUCAACACAUUUCAUGGAAUCCCAGAGACUUUUGUGACAUCGAAAGUGUUUCUCUCCCUACUGAAGUUUUGUGGAAGCCGGAUCUCACUAUUGAAGAGAUGACAGAAAAGGACAAAGCCCCUCCAAGUCCUCUUCUCACUAUCUUCAGUAACGGUUCAGUCCUUGUCCAGAACGACCAGGUGCUGGUCAGCACCUGCAGGAUGCACGUCUACAAGUUCCCCUUCGACAUUCAGAGCUGCACCCUCUCGUUCAAAUCUGUCAUUCACUCUGAAAGGGAAAUACAGCUUGUUCACGACUCCAACUCCGCGGAGGUCACAGAGGACUCUCGCGAGGUGAUGCGGACCCAGUACGAGUGGCUGUUCAUCAACAUGACGGUCACCAACAUGACUGUCAACAUGUUUGGCUCCAAACAAGAUGUGGUCAUUUACACUAUCAACAUGAGGAGGAGAUCUCUCCUCUACAUUGUAAACUUCUUGCUGCCCAUCCUGUUCUUCCUGUUUCUGGACUUGGCCUCCUUCCUGAUCUCAGACAGCGGGGGCGAGAAGCUGAGCUUCAAGGUCACGGUGCUGCUUGCUGUCACCGUGAUGCAGCUUAUUCUGAAUGAAAUCCUGCCGUCCUCGUCAAACCGGAUUCCACUUAUAGCGGUCUACUGCAUUGGGAUUUUUGUUCUGAUGCUGCUCAGCCUCCUGGAGACGAUUUUUGUCAUGUAUCUGAUGGAGAAAGACGCUGUACCCCGAGACCACGACACAGACAGAGACCGAAGCCUGAGUGAGGACCAUGGGGACGAAGCCAAGUUCCACAACUGCGACAGAGAAGAGAAGAAAUGGAAACAGUGUGUGUGUGUCUGUGAUGUGUCUGCUGACGAAACGCCAACUGAACCACUGAAGGGUAGCAGCAGCCAACUGACGGAGGAGUCCCAGGGCUUCGAGAAGCUCCUGCAGGAUCUGACGGAGGCGGUGAAUACACUGACUCUGCUCCUCAACAGCAGGAAGAAAGACGGAAAGCCCGGCUACUGGACCAGAAAGACUAGAACAAUCAACAAAGUUUUCUUCAUUUUCUAUGUCAUAACCGCCAGUCUGUUUUUAUUCUGUAUGUUCUUCAACUGGAACAAUCCACAAUAA